AUGGAUAGAAGUUGGAUGCUAAAUAAGAAUAAAUUUAGUUCAGAAUAUAUUCAAGGGGUGCGUAGUUUCUUAGAUGUUGCAAAACAACAUGUUGACUCCAGUGGUAGGAUUCGAUGUCCUUGCAAAAAUUGUAACAAUUGUUACUUGAAAAAAGUGGUAGAGGUGAAACAAGACUUGUUUCUUCAUGGGUUUGUUGAGGAUUAUACUCAAUGGACACAUCAUGAAUUUAGUGCUGAACGACCCUCGAGCAAUCAUGAAACAACCUCAUCUGAAAAGGAAGUAGAGAAAUUUGCUAGAUUGUUGAAUGAUGCUCAAUGCGAACUAUACCCAGGUUGUAAGAAGUAUUCCAAAUUAUCAUUUCUUAUCAAGAUGAUUUAUAACAAAACAAUUACUAAUUCUAGCAAUAAGUCCUUCAGUAUGAACUUAGAGUUAUUCAAGGAUGCGCUCCCAGAAGGUGAAACACUUCCCAAAUCUUAUUAUGAGGUGAAAAAAUUGAUGCAUGAUCUUGGCAUUGGUUAUAUCACCAUAGAUGCAUGUGUGAAUGAUUGCAUACUAUAUUGGAAGGAGUAUGAGCAUUUAGAUACAUGCCUUAAUCCGAUGUGUAGAGCCCCUCGAUGGAAGUAUGGUUUGGGUAAAUGUAAGAAGAUUGCUCAAAAGGUAGUUAGAUAUUUUCCUUUGAAACCUAGACUUCAAAGAUUAUUUAUGUCGAAGGAAAUUGCUAAGGAUAUGAGGUGGCAUAAAGAAAAGCGGGUAAAUGAUGAUGUUAUUAGGCAUCCAGCUGAUGCUGAGGCAUGGAAAGAGUUUGAUAAGGAAAAUGAUUGGUUUGCUCAAGAUCCUCGCAAUGUGUGA